AAACUGGGUACUAUGGCCCAGCUAUUUGGACAUUCUACAAGGUUCCCGUUCUACAUGAUUCAACCUUCAAAGGAAGUUGUUGAAAAAGAAAAAUUCUAUCAUCACUGCCUGCUGAUCACAUCUAAUGCCUGUAACUUGGACCCGGCAAGAGUGAAAACUGAACUAAACAAGUUCUGGAAGCUGACUGAUGACUGGGAUAUAAAGAGAGAAGGUAGGCAGAAUUUCGUAGCAUCCUUCAACUCAGAGGAUGACCUACUAAGCUGUUUAAAGCCUCCCAAUGUAGAAACAUUUCUGGGUGAAAAGGAGGUCAAUUUCACUGUAGCAAGGUGGGAUGAAGGUGAUGGGGAAAAGCUUGACUUGAUCAGAGAGUGGCUUUUGGUCUAUGGGGUCCCAGGUGCAUAUAGAAACUGGAAGGAGCUAUAUCAAGUUGCAUCUGCAGUUGGAGUUUUGCUUGAGGUGGAUGAGGAAAGUUUGGAAAGUGGAGAUAAGGAGCCUAUUAGGUUAAGGAUAGCAUUGGGAAGUCUUGUUGGUGCUCCUUUCUCUUGCCACUUUGUGUUUGGAUGGUCUUCUAGACUAGUCGAGUUCAUGAUUGGAGACAAAGUAAAAAGGAUAGAAGGGCAAUGGAAGGAAGUAGAAGAACGGAAUGUUAGCGGCAUGAAGGAAUAUGUAGAUAUAAGAUAAGAAGGUAUUGAGGUACCUCCAGAAACACCGAACAAAGGAAUGGAUUUCUUAGGCAAUUAUUCUUUGGCUUUUGGAAGUUGCUCAGGCAAGGAACGUAAAGAAGAACUGAAGACAACAGAAAGAGCUACAUUGCUGGAAGUGGCGAAGUUCAUUGCAGAGUUGAGAGCUGAUGAAGAGAUCACGGAAAACAGCGCAAGUGCUAUGGCAGCCAGCACAACAAACUCAAAGAAAGCAGCAAAAGGGGGGCAAUCCCCAAGUGAAAGCUCAGCAAGAGGUGAUCAUAUGUCGUGUUUGGAAGAUUGUUCCGACAAGGAUCAUCAAAAGAAACUGAAGACUGACAUGGCUACAUUACUGCAAGUGUCGAAGUUCACUGAAGACUUAAGAACUGAUGGAGAGAUCAAAGAAAACAAUGCAAGUGCUUUAGUGGGCACCAGAACGAACUCUGAGAGAGCUACAGAAGACAUUCCAAAAGCUGAAGGUUGGCAAUCCAUAAGCGGAAGUUCAACUUCAACGAGCUUCAUUGAAAGGGUCCCCAGAGGUAUGCACAAGCCACCUAUAAAAAAUGUGUACACAAGGAGAGAUCGGAAGCAAAAAGAAUCGACAGAAGGUUCCACUUUGUUUGCUGACAUCAGUUCUAACAGUGCCCAUGAAGGCAUACAGAAGCCACCUAUAAAAAUUGUAUUCGAGAGAAGAAGUGAUCCCAAGCAAAAAGGAUCCACAGGGGGGCAACUUGCUUCAAAGGAACUGAACAAAGGAAUGAACCCAGGGAGCAGCAGUCACGCCACAAGGAUUGCAACCUUAACAUGCAAUAUGUUGGACUCAAAAUUUUUAUUAGAGAAGCAACAUGAGAAAGAAAUGAAAAUGGCAGAAACAGCUUUACUAGGAAAAGGACCAGAGUCGACUGAAGAAUUUGGAGAUGGAGAGAAUAAAGACAACAACGUAAGGACCAGUACAGCGGACUAUACGAGAAACAAAACAGCAGCGAAGACUCUGGGAGCUGAAGGAGCACAAUCUAUCAAGGGAAGUUCAGCGUGCAUGAUUAGAGUAACUCAAACAAAAGGUGUUGACGUGGCUGCAACGGUACUAGAAGGAGCUCGGUUUGAUGGAAAGCAGCUUGUUUCCAAGAUGACUACGCGGCUAACUCAAUUUUAUGAGGAGUUCAACACAUAUAAUGAAAUCCAUGACAGUUUCGUUGAGAUGGGUCUUCGAGAAAAUCUGCUGAAAGGAAUAUAUGCAUAUGGUCUGGCGAUGCCUUCUGCAAUCCAUCGACGAGGAAUUGUCCCAUUCUGCAAGGGUCUGGAUGUUAUCCAGCAGUCACUGUCUGGAACAACUGUGACACUUGCCUGUGGAGUUCUCCAGCGACUCGAUUAUGGAUCCACGGAAUGCCAAGCUUUGGUUCUUGUACCAACGCGUGACUUGGCACAGGAGACCGAGAAAGUUAUUGGAGCACUUGGUCAGUGGCUAGGUGUCAAAGCUCAUGCUUGUCUUGGAGGAACUAGUAUUCGUGAGGAGAAUGAAGAAUCGAAGUUUCAAAAAUUAUGUGAUCUUUUUGACACCAUGGCCGUCACGCAAAACAUCAUCUUUGUCAACGCACGUCGGAAGGUCAAGCCACUGACCGAAAAGAUCAGAGGCAGGGGGUACACUGUCUCGGCAAGCCAUGGUGGUAUGGACCAGCACUCCAGAGAUGCUGCCGUCCAGGAUCUCCAGUCGGGAUCAUCCCGUGUCCUCGUCACCACCGACCUUCAUGGCGCUGAUGCAUUGCAGGUCCCUGUUGUCAUCAACUAUGAUCUGCCAGCACAACCAGUACAAUACCUUCGUAAUGUUCGACGAAGUGGACAUCCUGGAGGGAUUGGUGUAGCUAUCAGCUUUGUUGCUCGUGCUGAUGAGCGUGUUCUGUCUGGCAUCCAAAGGUUCUGCAAUACUCAGAUGGCGGAGUUACCCUCCAACGUCGCUGACCUCUUGUGAGCAAUUGUGUAGUUGGAUAUGGUGCACAGAUGGCUAUCUAGACUUCUUUUUUCUAUCGUUGGCCUGGAGAGCUGCGCAACAGCUGCAUUUUGUUGAAUUGUGGGAAUCGUCUUGUGGGAUUGAAACUUGUUGAGUUC